AUGCUGAGUUCUAGAUUCCGUAUUGCGUUGGGUCGUUUGAUUCGACCCAGGUUCAAUGUUGGUAAUAAUAAUAUUAGAUUAGCUACUUAUUCAUCUCUAUUGAAUUUAAGGUUUAAGUCUACAUCGUCAAGGGAUACUCAUCUACCGCCCAAAAGAGAUGAUAAUAGUACUAGGUUUAAGUUCAUUACUGAAAGGGAUAGAAGAUUAGCACAAGCUACAAGUGUGUAUGAAAAAUUAAAGAUUAACGUCAAGUGGAUAUUGACUAAAUCAAGCCGACCAUUCAACUCUGAUGACAUUGGCGCUUUUAUAUCAUGGCUGCUGCUGAGCAACGCUCUAAUAAUUGCCAUUUGGACGACAACAUUUGCAUCUCUAGUGAUCUAUCUGGUGAAUACGGUGUUCGCCCAGGAGUAUGUGGCCACGAAAGUGGGUAAUUUCCUUACCAGGAACAGUGCAUUAUCGGUAGUUUUUGAAAGUGCUAUCGUCCCGGAUUGGUCGUCUGGUAAGAUUACCUUUAACAAGGUGUUUGUAUCCAGAAGACCCAAACUAUCUCAUAGCUUUACCAAGGGUUCCGUUAAAGAGGCUCUACAGAGGACAGAACUAGCAUUGAGUGAAAGGUUACUGGUCUCUAGAGAGGAUUUUGACGAUGGUAACUAUACGCAGUACGAUUUGACCAUUGAUCAGGUGGAAAUUUCACUAAGCUUUAGCAAAUGGUUUAACGGUAAGGGAAUCCUUGAUGAAGUUUCUCUGCAAGGUCUGAGAGGUGUGGUAGAUAGAACUCAUGUGGUGUGGUUACCGAACGACGACCCAAGAAAAUACAAGAACACGCAUAGGCCUGGUGAUUUUGAAAUUUCUAAAUUCUCCAUGAGUGAUGUUCUAUUUACGUUGUAUCAGCCAUCUGGGUUUAGACCCAUAUUAGUGAGUAUUUUCAACUGCCAGUUACCACAGAUGAGACAGCAUUGGUUGUUCUACGAUUUUCUGAAUGCCAACAGUGUCAGUGGAACCUAUGAUAACUCGAUGUUUACCAUUCACAGGAAGUUUAAUGUGGAAAAGACACCCUUUUCAUCGUCCGAUAGUUCGCCCUGGAAAAGAGUUACUCGGCUAAGAGUGGAUAAUUUAGAUGUCGAUCAUUUGAAUGCAGGCAUGGAUGGGCCUUUUGGAUGGAUUACAGAGGGUAAGGUAGACAUGAUUGGUGAUGUCUUGUUGCCAGACAGAGAGGCAGACGAUAGAAUGCUGACCGAGAUGCUAACAGAAAUCGGUGAAAGGUUGUUUAAGGAAGCCAAAAGAAAGACUAUGGCGGUUCCAGGACCCUCGCCUGAUGUGGAAGGCAUGGACCCUGAUAACUACUUUAUAAUGGAUUUCUCAUUAAAAUUGCAUAACGUCCGUGCCGAAGUGCCACUAUUUACACCCGAAUUUGGGUAUAUCAAUAACGCUCUCAUUAGACCAAUUGUCGCAUACAUCAAUUCUAAGCGUACCUAUAUCCCAAUAAGGUGUCGUGUGGUUAAAAAUCUCGAGGAUUUUGAAGGAUCCUGGACCAUUUACGACUCUUUACUGAUGAAUGAUCUAAGUGCACAAGUCUACGAUGCAUUUGCAGAAUAUGUUGCAGACGACAGAGAGAAAUCUACUAGACUCAAAAGAGUCACUUUUUGGUCUCUACAAAUUGUACUGCAGGUGAUUCUAAUGAGUCUGGGAGCAAUUGCAUGA